AGCUGGCUCGCGAGGGCAUACCCCAACGACCGACGGAUCAAGGAGGCGAUCGAGAUGUUCGAGCAUGUCGUUGCUGUUGAAGCUCACAAUUAUGCCGAGGACGACCCUGAGCGCGUUCUCUCCGUGGAUCUGCUAGCGGAUGCAUACAUACAACUCGAAUCGUGUAAUGAGAAUAUGGACAGCAAGAGUCCAGUCUCAGAUGGCGAUGACUAA